UUUAAAAUGAGUACGGAAAAUAAAGACGGAAAGAAUGUAUUGUUUCAAUUUAAGCAUCUUUUUACAAAUAUUACUACGAGAAAAUCGAUAAAUUCACCAGAAUUCGACUCACCUAAAAUUCCAGGUGUUAAAUUUUCGAUUUCUGCUGAUAUAAUUUAUCACUCUAACAUGACCGUAAAAGUAAUAAAAAACGAUAUUAGAAAAGCUGUUUCAAUAAUAAAAAUAGAGGUCGGUGGAUUAAAUUCAACUAAGCGCGUUGUUGUUGAUUGGAAAGAUAUAUUAUAUUUUAAAGACUUGAAUAUUCCUUUUGAUUUUUACGGAUGCAGUAAAUAUAAAGAUUUUCCAAAUUUUUGUUCCCAACCGAAGCGCAGUCACGUAUAUACAGUGCCAAUAAUUUGUACAAUAAUUUGGAACGGAUUCGUGGAAGACUUGUAUUAUCCAAAUGUAAGCACUAUACUGAAAAUUCUUCAUAACAAUGAAGAAUUUAGUGACAUAGUAAUUAAAGUCAAGAAGACUGAAUUUAUAGCUCACACGAAUAUCAUUGCUGCCCAAAGUCCUGUUUUCUACAAAAUGCUGACUUCUGACAUGAAAGAGUCCAAAAAAAAUACACCGGGUCGUCCCGACUCGGGACCCACAUUCGACGUUGACACUGUAUUCAUAUCUUCAGAUCCAAAAAACUUAUUUAAAUUCAAACAUGCUCUCUUUAACCUCACAGAAAAGAGCGGGUUGCAGAAGUCAAUUGAAUUUGCCACACCCAAAAUUCCUGGUAUAAAAUUCAAAAUUCACACGCAAAUAAAUGUUGAUACCAAGACCAUGGACGUUACAAUAAAAAAGGACAAUCCACGAAAAUUUGUUUCAAUAAUAACAUUAAAAAUCGGCGGAACCACUAGAACUGACCGCUUUUUUGAUUGGAAAAAGAAUGUAUUUUUUAAGAACAUACCACUUCCUAUUACUUCUGAUGCAUGCCCUAAAAAUCACAAUUUUGUGUGUGUACCAAGUCCGGACGGACAUAAAUAUACAGUAACAAUAACUUGUACAAUAAUUUGGAACGGAUUCGUGGAAGACUUGUAUUAUCCAGAUGUGAGUACUGUACUGGAAAUUCUUCAUAACGAUGAAGAAUGUAGUCCCAUAGUGAUUAAAGUCCAGGAGACUGAAUUUAUAGCUCAUAAGAAUAUCAUCGCUGCGCACAGUCCUGUUUUCUACAAAAUGCUGACUUCUGACAUGGAAGAGUCUAAUGAAAAUAGUAUGACAUUUCCAGAUACUGAACCUGAUGUAAUAGGAGAAUUGCUUCUGUUCUUCUACAAGGGAAAAAUGGACAAAGCUGAAAAAGACGCAGAUCUCGCUUUAAAAUUAUUCGAGUUUGCGCAUAAGUAUGAAAUUGAAAGAGUUAUAUCAACUUGCGAAUACAUUUUGAUUACUAAGUUGACUAAAGAAAAUGUAUCUAAAAUUCAUGAUAAAGGCCAGCUUUACAAGUCAGUUAUAUUGCGACAACAUGCGAUUACCUUCAUCGAAAUGAAUGCUACUGAGAUGCGUGAUGAUGCAGCACUUGAGAUGCCACCGAACUUGAGUUGCACUAUGCCAACUUUUACAUCAGAAAUUUUACCACAAAGCACACCAUUCAGUAAUGCUACAUUACCGUUCGUCUAUAACUCGUACUCCACUGUUGGGCAGAAAUAUUUCGUCCCCAUUCGAAGAAACUUAGGUCCACCACCGGGUUUUCCCGACCUGAGAGUCGUAUUUGGCGUUAACAGUGGAUGCCCAGCGUCAGAACCAAAAAAUGUAUAUAAAUUCGACCAUUCUUUCUUAAACCUCACGGAAAAGAGCGGGUUGCAGAAAUCACCUGAAUUUGCAACACCCAAAAUUCCUGGUAUAAAAUUCAAGAUUAACACGCAAAUAAAUAUUGAUACAAAGACCAUAGACGUUACAAUAAAAAAGGACGAUCAACGAAAAUCUGUUUCAAUAAUAACACUAGAAAUCGGUGGAAGCACUAGAACUGACCGCUUUUGUGAUUGGACAAAGAAAGUAUUUUUUAAUAACAUACCACUUCCUAUUACUUCUGAUUCAUGUCCUAAACAUAACAAUUUUGUGUGUGUACCAAGUGCGGACGGACACAAAUAUACAGUAAUAGUGGAUUGUUCAAUUGUUUGGAACGGAUUCGUGGAAGACUUGUAUUAUCCAGAUGUGAGCACUAUACUGAAAAUUCUUCAUAACAAUGAAGAAUUUAAUGAUCUAGUAAUUAAAGUCGAAAAGACUGAAUUUAAAGCUCAUAAGAAUAUCAUUGCUGCGCAAAGUCCUGUUUUCUACAAAAUGCUGACUUCUGACAUGGAAGAGUCCAAAGAAAAUAGUAUUACAUUUCCGGAUACUGAACCUGAUGUAAUAGAAGAACUGCUUCUGUUCUUUUACAAAGGAAAAAUGGAUAAAGCCGAAAAAGACGCUGAACUCGCUAUAAAAUUAUUCGAGUUUGCGCAUAUGUAUGAAAUUAAAAGAGUUAUAUCAACUUGCGAAUACAUUUUGAUUACUAAGUUGACUAAAGGAAAUGUAUUCAAAAUUCACGAUAAAAGCCAGCUUCACAAGUCAGUUAUAUUGCAACAACAUGCAAUUACCUUCAUCGAAAUGAAUGCUACUGAGAUGCGUGAUGAUGCAGCACUUGAGAUGCCACCGAACUUGAGUUGCACUAUGCCAACUAUUACAUCAGAAAUUUUACCACAAAGCCCACCACUCGCACCGCCGGGUUUUCCCGACCCGAGAGCCGUAUUCGGCGUUAACAGUGGAUGCCCAGCGUCUGAACCAAAAAAUGGGUAUAAAUUCAACCAUUCUUUCUUAAAUCUCACGAAAAAGAGCGGGUUGCAGAAAUCACCUGAAUUUGCAACAACCAAAAUUCCUGGUAUAAAAUUCAAGAUUAACACGCGAAUAUAUAUUGAUACAAAGACCAUAGACGUUACAAUAAAAAAGGACGAUCAACGAAAAUCUGUUUCAAUAAUAACACUAGAAAUCGGUAUUAGUUCUGAUGCAUGUCCUAAAAAUCACAAUUUUGCGUGUGUACCAAGUGCGGACGGACACAAAUAUACAGUAAUAGUGGAUUGUUCAAUCGUUUGGAACGGAUUCGUGGAAGACUUGUAUUAUCCAGAUGUGAGCACUAUAUUGAAAAUUCUUCAUAACAAUGAAGAAUUUAAUGACAUAGUAAUUAAAGUCGAAAAGACUGAAUUUAAAGCUCAUAAGAAUAUCAUUGCUGCGCAAAGUCCUGUUUUCUACAAGAUGCUGACUUCUGACAUGAAAGAGUCUAAUGGAAAUAGUAUUACAUUUCCAGAUACUGAACCUGAUGUAAUAGAAGAAUUGCUUCUGUUCUUCUACAAGGGAAAAAUGAAUAAAGCUGAAAAAGACGCUGAACUCGCUUUAAAAUUAUUCGAGUUUGCGCAUGUGAAUGAAAUUGAAAGAGUUAAAUCAACUUGCGAAUACAUUUUGAUUACCAAGUUGACUAAAGAAAAUGUAUCUAAAAUUCAUGAUAACGGCCAGUUUUACAAGUCAGUUAUAUUGCAACAACAUGCGAUUACCUUUAUCGAAAUGAAUGCUACUGAGAUGCGUGAUGAUGCAGCACUUGAGAUGCCACCGAACUUGCGUAGCACUAUGCCAACUUUUACAUCAGAAAUUUUACAACAAAACCCACCACUCGGUAAUGCUACAUUACCGUUCGGCUAUUAUGAUUUGUAUUCCACUUUUGGGGAGAAAUAUUUGUAG